AUGUGGGAUUUCUAUAAGCGCUAUGCAUAUGGUGUAGGCUUUCCAGUUCGGAAGAGAAAUUCCAAAAAGAAAAACGGGUCUUUGAGAUAUGUGACCUUUACUUGUUGCCGAGAGGGAAAAUAUUGGAUCGAAGAACAAUGUGGUGAAAUGUCGUCGAUGUAUUCGAGUAGUGUAAAGAAUUUAAUGCCGCAACACACUGCACCAAAUCCAUCUGAAAAUAAAAAUAUUGGGGCUAUUCGUGAUCCUGUUUUAUCCAAAAGAAAAGAUGCUCCGAGAAAACUGAGACGAAAAAAUCCGUUGGAGUCACGAUCACAUAAAGUGAAGGCUACAUCUGCAUCAAGUAAAGGAAAAAGCCAGAGAAAAAUUUAUUCCGACUUGCAAACUGAUGAUACUAGUGUGCAGGAUGCCAUUCUUAGAGAUUUUUCUGUACCGGCAACAUUUUCAUACUCUAAACUCUUAAUGCCAAUUGGGAAUUGGCUAGAAUUCACUGAGGUAGGACUCACUGAGAUUGCAACUAGGGAGAACAAGCAGCCUAUAACACAGACAAACUUGGAGGACUUUUCCCAGAGGGUAGAGCAGAUCUUCAUAUCUGCCAGUGCUCUAAUCUCCUUGGAUGGAAGUGUUUUGUUUGAUGUGGCCAAAAGAGAUGGAGUUCUACUUAAUGAAUGGAAAGAAGUCUGCAGAUAUGAGGGUGAUAAGCUGGGGAGGUCAUUGUGCUUAGUAAGAUGGACUUUGGAGCAUGCUGCAGCAGGCUGGACACAUAUCACAUGCAUAAUCAAGGACAAAGGACUAGCCGAUCAACUAAGCAAGAGGCACAUGUUCAAAUGGCAUAUACACAUGGUGGUUGAGGACAUCUUCUCCCUGGCAAAUCAAUUUUCUAUCUGUAACUUUGAUUAUGAGAGUAGCUCUUUAGAUUGUGGUAGUUAA